AUGCACCAAUGUCGCCGCCUUGCACUGAAACGGUCGCGAGAAAUGCAGGACACCUGGACGGUUCCUCAGGCCGAGAAGAUCCAGGGAUAUGCCAAUCAUAACGAAUCAAAGAACUUCUUCGCUGCGAUCAAGACUAUCUACAGUCCUCCCUUCCCAACGAAAGGAACUGCAACGCUUCCCAACUCCGAUGGAUCAAGACUUCUGAUGGAGAAGUCGCAGAUUUUGAAGCGCUGGAUCGAGUACUUCAGAAGCGUACUUAUCCGUCCCUCCACAAUCUCCGAUGCCGUCACUGACGAGUUCCCCCAAGCGAAAAUCAACACCAACCUGGAUUUUCCGCCCUCUUUACCAGAAACCACCCCUGCCAUGCAACAACGCUUCAACGGGGAAAAACCCCGCUUCCGAUGCGAACCCAGCUGA